GCCACAAUCAAUCUCAACACUUUCUACAACAUUCUCCCCAUACCAAGGCUCGUCGUCAAAAUGGCGUCACAGUCAGGCAUGGUCAACCAGGCCAUCUUCCAGGACCUGCAGGCGCGCAUUGAUGAGGACACAGCGGUCAAGGACGAGCUGCGAGACAUCAUCCAGGCGCUUGAGAAGCACAACCGCAAUGUCUCUUUCGUGCUUUCAAGAGCCCAUUCUACACCCGUCGCUGACUUGGCUGAGGUCCUCAAAGCUGCUCAAGAGCCCGUUGACAAUGUUGUUGAUACAGUGUCCAAGCUGUCGCAAGCUGCGUCGAAGAUGCCAUACUACAAGUUCAACAACAUGUGGAGUCGGCAGAUGCAGGGCGCUUGUGAGAGUGCGCUCAUCUGGGGCUGGCUCGGCGGUUACAAGUACGAGGGUGGUGAUGUUCAAUGCGGACGACUUUUGACCAUCGAGGAGCUUGGCGAGAUUUUCAAGAUUCCAGUCAAUCUCAAAGACCGUGACGAGUUCCAUCUCUCCCUCGAAGAGUACCUCCAGUCCCUCAUCACACUCGUCGAAGAGCUAACCCGCCUCGCACGUAACGCCGUCACUCUGGGUGAUUACGAGCGUCCACUUCUCAUCAAUCAAUUCGUUAAGGACUUGCACGCGGGCUUUCAGAUGCUUAACCUCAAGAACGACAGCUUGCGCCGCCGUAGCGAUGGGCUGAAGUACAGGGUCAAGGAUGUGGAGGACGUAGUCUACGACCUGUCACUCAGGAACUUGGUACCGAAAAAGGGCGAUCAGAAGCAGUAGGUAGAUCAUCAAGGACACGUUCUUGCGAAUAGUCUAGUCCAACAGGUCCGGGCUGUAAGAAAUGAAUGAAAUAACGUGCCACAAGAAAA